AUGAUUGAUAUAAGGGUUUUUGUACAACCAAAUGAUGUUCGUUGGUGUGUGUUUAAGAAGGCUGAAAUACUUAAAUGCCUGGCUCUUUCUCGUGCAAUCUCUCAAACACCAACAUUUUCCAUCAACUAUACCCUCAACUGUGUCACAGGCCUCUCAGAAUUCGACUGCAUGAAGCUAAUAAGCACAGAGAAGGCCGACUUAAUUACGUUGGAUGUUGGUCUUGGCGAUAUUGCUAGUCAGACAUACAGUCUACGACCACUGGCAGUCGAGAAUUACAACGCAUCUGACCCUACAAGUGGUCUUUACUACCAUUCCAAUAUAGUGAUUCCUAUCGGGGAAACUAUAGAUCCAUAUACACUUCGACGCAAAGAGGUGUGCUUUUCAGGAGCGGGAACAGCGGAGAGCUGGGUCCUUCCCCUGAGUCACCUAAUGGGCGAUCUCCACGCCAUCAACAUCACACAGUGCAACAGUGUGGUACAGAAUCUCAUCCAGUUUCUGGGCGACUCCUGUAUACCUAAUGCACUGCAAAGUGCCUUCAACCCCUUCGGGGACAAUACACAGGAGAUCUGUCGUCUCUGCGCCGAUGUAGGAACCCAGGCCUUCUGUACGUCAAGAGACCGCUUUGCAGAAAAUCAGGGGGCUUUGCGAUGCCUCCACGAACAUCGCAACAACCCCGAGACCCAAAAACGACCUGUGGCGGCGGUGAUGAGGGCGCAAGAGGUCAAUAUGGCCAUCAGUGAUGGUUGGUUUCCAAAGGGACUCUACCAACUCCUCUGCCCAAAGCAACAACUCAGUGGUCUGUGGACAGCUCCACUGAGCGAAUGGCAGACCUGCAGCUGGGGUCGAAUUCCCGCCCGUCUAGUCAUGACUUCCUCACGUCGGCUGGACAUUCAACCCUUUAAGGACUUCUUGAGUCUCCUUAUAGUCCACUUUCUUACUAACCCGACACCAGGAACGCCGCAAUUCAACCUUUUCUCCUCCACCGAGUACGUCGUGCCGGAGCAGAAUUGGGUGCAAAGGAAUCUCAUGUUCUCCGAUUUCACACAGACCCUCUACUUCCCCCCUGAGAACCAAAUCACUACAUUCUACCAGUGGAUUGAUCCAACUUUCCUGGCCGCCAAAGAGGUGUUGAAUCAGUGUCCCCUUCCCACAAUCCGCUGGUGCGUGGUAGACUACUGGGAGAUGGAGAAGUGUGAGCGAAUGAGCAGUGCAUUUGCUGCGAAGGGCAUAAAACCGGAUCUGACGUGCAUCCACGAGGGGACCACCAUUGACUGUAUGCGUCGCACGCGAGAUGGUUUUGUGGACAUGAUGAGCGUUGAAGCGGGUGAUUUGUACACGGCUGGGAGCCAAUUCAACCUCGUACCCAUUGUCAAUGAGAACUACGGUAUCGGACCGUUUUACUAUGCUGUUGCGGUGGUUAGAAAAGUGAAUCCAGACAUACUCAUCUCCAACUGGAAGUUCCGGCGGACCUGCCAAAGUGGAGUUGGACGAGCUACAGGAUGGAUAAUUCCCCUUAAUUUGAUUCUGGAAACUGCCCAAGUUCGAGUCUAUGGGGAACACCUGAUUUUUGCAUUAAGCGAGCUAGUGAGCCAGGCCUGCAUCCCUGGGGUACAAAACCAAGCCUUCAACCCGAGUGGAAAGAUUCCACUCAAUCUCUGCGAACUGUGCAUGAGUGGUGGAAAUGACCGAUGUCAACGGGACAAUCGGGAACUCUACUUCGGUGAGGACGGAGCUUUUCGGUGUCUCACCGAGGCCGGUCAGAUCGCUUUCACGCGGCACACCACAGUCCAGGCUAACACUGCUAAUAGGAACCCCGAUUACUGGGCCCGAAACUUACGCGAGGACGACUUUGAAUUGUUGUGUCCGGACGGGCGUCGACAGAACGUCCGGGAUUGGCACAACUGCCACUUAGGCAAGGUGCCCGCCAACACCAUCAUCACGGCGCCGCACAAGACGGAGAAUGAACGUCUCAACAUGUGGCGCUUACUGCAGUACGGACAAGUGUACUAUGGUAAUGACUGCGAUUUGACUGAGAGUUUGACACUGAUUCCAUGGGCAGACCAGAAUUACACGCAGUGGUUGGGAGCAGAGUUCCUGCGACUCGUUCAGGUCCUCAAAGAUGCAGGAACCUACGGUGAAUUGGGCAUCUACCAACCUCUGAAUGGAACUGCUUGA